AUGGCGACCCACAACCAAGUCUUCCCUCCGCCCUCCCAUGACUUUGAACUGGUUCUGGGACAGCACUUGUACUGUGGAGUGUCCUGUGGUGGGCCAUGUCGAUGCCCCACAAAUCCCGCCAAGACCAGGAGCAACAUUGUGACGGUCAUCCCAGGUUCUAUGAGCCUGCCGGUGCUGGAGAAGGAAGGGGACAUCGUCCUGGGAGGACUCUUCUCUCUACAUGAUAUGGUGGUGGAGCCCAGUAUGACCUACACCUCCAAGCCUCCACCUACACAAUGCACCAGAUUUAACUUCCGGACAUUCCGCUGGAUGCAGACUAUGAUAUUUGCUAUUGAGGAGAUUAACAGGGAGGGCAAACUCCUUCCCAAUGUGACUUUGGGAUAUAAGAUCUAUGACUCAUGCAGCACCCCUCACCAGGCUCUCAAAGCUACUAUGGAACUGAUGGGCAGCCAUACGGCGGAAAGUGGGGUGCAGGGUCCAAGCCGCUGCAAAGGGGCUGUACCUGCUGUGAUAGGGGAUGGAGGUUCCACCCAGUCUCUGGUAGUGGCCCGCUUCUUGGGAGUCUUCCAUGUGCCUCAGGUUAGUUACUUUUCUAGCUGUGCUUGUCUUAGCGACAAAAAUGAGUUUCCUGCUUUCCUGAGGACCAUGCCCAGUGACUUCUUCCAAGUUGAUGCACUUGUACAACUGGUCAAACAUUUUGGCUGGACCUGGGUCGGCGUGAUCGCGGGCGACGAUGCUUAUGGUCGUGGCGGGGCAAACAUCUUUGCUAAUGAGGUUAGAAAAUUAGGUGCUUGUGUUGCCCUUCGUGAAAUCAUCCCUAAGAACCGGGCACAUACUGCAAUUUCAGCCAUCAUUUCCAAAAUACUCUCCUCCGGGGCCUCAGUGGUACUCGUGUUUGCAGUGGAACAGGAUGCAGCGGCACUCUUUGAUGAAGCUCUCAGAGAGGGACUCACUGGGAUACAAUGGCUGGCUAGCGAGGCUUGGAGCACCGCGGCCAUUCUCUCCAGCCCCAAAAAGUACCAGCCUAUCCUACAGGGAUCCAUGGGGUUUGCCGUCCGGCGAGCGAACAUCCCGGGGCUGCGUGACUUUCUCCUCCGCCUGCAUCCCUCCGGCACCGAAGCUCUUGAGGACCCGUUUCUGUUACCAUUCUGGCAAGAAGUUUUUCAAUGCAGCUUAGGUGUUGGGACUAAACCACCGUGCACCGGAGCUGAAGACCUGAAGAGUGUGGCAAAUAUUUAUUCGGAUGUGUCCCAGCUGAGGAUCUCCUAUAAUGUUUAUAAAGCUGUGUAUGCUAUCGUCUAUGCAUUGAGGAGCAUGGAAGGCUGCGAGGAAGGAAAUGGGCCUUUUGCUUUUCAGGCAUGUCCAUAUUUACAGAGCAUACAGCCAUGGCAGCUUCUUUAUUACAUCAAACAGGUGGAAUACUUCAACUCCUUUGGCGAUGAAACCAAAUUUGAUGAGAACGGUGACAUCGCAGCCAUGUACGACCUCGUCAACUGGCAGCUGGGACCGAGUGGAGAGGUCGAGUUUGUCACCGUUGGAAAGUUUGACGAAACAGUCGAAAACGGACAGCAGAAGCUCCGUAUCCAGGAAGAGGAUAUCGUGUGGAACGGCAACCAGACCCAAGUCCCACUAUCGGUGUGCAGCAACAUAUGUCCCCCAGGAACCCGCAAGGCCAUCAGACCUAACUUCCCUAUCUGCUGCCAUGAUUGUGUGGUGUGUACAGCUGGGGAGAUCAGCAAUCAGACCGAUGCCAUAGAGUGUGUGCGCUGCUUGCCUGAAUUCUGGUCCAACACGGGAAGGACCGCCUGUAUCCCCAAACAGGUGGACUUUCUGUCCUUCACAGACACCAUGGGCAUCACCCUGAUGGCUAUAUCUCUCAUCGGCUCCUUCUGCACCUGCGCCGUGGUCUUCAUCUUCUCCUACCACAGAACCACGCCCAUCGUCCGGGCCAACAACUCGGAUUUAAGCUUCCUGCUGCUCUUCUCCUUGACCUUGUGUUUCCUGUGCUCACUGACCUUCAUCGGCCGGCCCUCAGAGUGGUCCUGCAUGCUGCGCCACACGGCCUUCGGCGUAACCUUCGUCCUCUGCAUCUCUUGCAUACUGGGAAAGACCAUAGUGGUGCUCAUGGCCUUCAAGGCGUCGUUUCCUGGGAGCAAAGUCAUGAGGUGGUUCGGGCCCGCCAAGCAAAAAGCAAUCAUUGGACUUUGCACUCUGGUUCAGGUAAUCAUCUGCAUUGUGUGGCUGACCGUGGCUCCUCCAACCCCACGUAAACUGAUUCCUCGCGAGAGCGCCAGGGUCAUCCUCCUUUGCGACGAAGGCUCCCACGUGGCGUUCGGUCUGGUCCUGGGCUACAUCGGGCUGCUGGCCUGCCUCUGUCUCCUGCUGGCCUUCCUGGCGAGGAAACUUCCGGAUAAUUUUAACGAGGCCCGGAUCAUCACCUUCAGCAUGCUGAUCUUCUGUGCCGUGUGGGUGGCCUUCGUUCCCGCUUACAUCAGCUCUCCAGGAAAGUACUCCACAGCCACUGAGGUGUUUGCCAUUUUAGCUUCCAGCUAUGGCUUACUGGGCUGUAUCUUUGCACCAAAAUGCUACUUAAUCCUGUUUAGGCCUGAAAAGAACACCAAGAAACAUCUCAUGUCCAGAGCUGAUAAGUUUUAGUCCCUGCCCUAUUCUCACACUUUCUUUGAAGAGGUGAAUAAAUGCUUUUAAUACAUGACAAACAAUACAUGACAAACAUGUAUUAGAACCAGUGUGUAUGUGUACAGACCACAGUACUAACUGUAUACCAAUCCUAAAUGCCUAAAAAUAUAUUUGGAUUUUUGACCAGUAGGUGGCAGCAGCGGUUAGUGUUGCACUGCUUUACCUAUAUUAAAAUGUGUUAAUUCAUUUUCAGCUGGAAUUAACACAACACAUUCAUUAUUUUGCCUUUGUUUUGAUUUGGAAAAAAAAAAUCAUAAAAAAAUGUGGUAACACUAGU